AUGGCAGUGCAACCUCUCAGGGCAAUUGGUGGUGGAGGUAGAUAUAAGAUAAAGGAGGAAACUGAUAUCCAGGCUCGUAUUGCUGCAUUAGUUAGAAGGGUAGAGGUUAUGGAGUUAGAGAAGGUGAAAGCAGCGAAAUCAGUUGAGGUCUGCUCUCUAUGCAUUGACUCUAGCCAUAAGGCCCAAGAUUGUCUAAUCAUGACGGUAGUGCAGGAGAGCAGGUCUGAUCAGAUUCAGUUAGCAGAUCGGGUUAACAGAGCUCCCAUUCAGCCCUUCUUAAACACUUACAAUCCGGGAUGGAGGAAUCACCCAAAUUUUUCAUGGAGGAAUGAUCAGGCUGGUCAAUCCUCUUCACAGUUUCAACAGCCUCCCCAGUCCUUUGCACCACAGUCUCAGCACCCAUAUCAGCCACAUCCAAUUUCUCAACAAUACUCACCUCCAGGGCUUCCAUCUAAUGUUGCACUUGUUCCACCGAAAAGGUCUCUUGAGGAUACUCUUCAGCAAUUCAUGCAAAUUCAAGCCACAACUAACAAUGAACUGCAAAUAGUUGCCCUGACACCGGAAGUUGCAGUUGAAGCAGAUGAGACCAAAGAAAAAUUAGAGGAAGUACAUCCAGAAUUGAAGAAAUCAGUUGACGUGGAGGCCGAGACUUGUAAGGAGUACCAACCUGUGGUACCCUAUCCUCAGAGGUUGGUAGUUAGUCAAAAGAACAAAUACCAUACUGAGAUUCAGGAGAUCUUCAAGCAGGUGAAAAUCAAUAUCCCACUUCUGGAUGCCAUUCAGCAGAAACUCAGAGAUCAUGGUUCUCCCACCAUCCCCAUUAUGAUCAGUGAAUCUCAUAUUGGGAGAGCUCUACUUGAUUUGGGGAGUAGUGUGAACUUGCUACCAUUCUCGAUAUAUGAGCAGUUGGGGUUAGGUGAGCUAAAAAAGACCUUCAUUGUGCUACAGUUGGCUGACAGAUCAGUGAAGGUACCACGGGGUGUUAUUAAGGAUGUAUUGGUUCAAGUUGACAAAUUCUACUACCCGUGGAGUACUGAAGCUUACAUUUGGGAAUAUGAAUUGGAGAUGAACGUGUUCAAUGCUUGCAAGAUGCCUAGUGGUUAUGAUGACUCCGAGGUACGUGCAGUUGCUGUGAUAGAUGAUUUUGAUAUUUCAGAGUUGUUAUCUAUUUUUGGUUCUGACAAUGCAUUUGAGAAUGACUCUCCCGAGCAGCCUGACAUUUUUUAUGAGACAGUUCCUUUGUUUAGAGAGUUGACAAAAUCUGAGGGGCAGUGUAUGGAGAUAGAUGGUUCCUCAGUUGAAACUGAGUUAUUGCAGGUAUUGAGGCAACAUCGAGAAGCAAUAGGCUGGACUAUUGCAGACAUCAAGGGGAUUGAUCCUGCAAUCUGUACUCACAACAUAUUUCUAGAAGGAUAUGCAAGGCCAGUUCAUGAUGCAUAG